CAAAUUUCACGUAAUUAAAAAUAAAAAUUUCUACCGUGACGAUGAAAGAAAAUUGUCAGAACAAUAAAAAAUGGAGCAAAAAUGAAUGCAGUAGUGUUAAAGAAUGUUUACAACCAGAUGAAGGCACUCCGUUUCAAUUAUUAAUUGCGAAAUUGAGAAACACUAACAGGGACAGUUACUGGAAUCAGGAAGUGGACAAAACACGAUAUCGAGUGUCCAAUCUUCCGGUUGGAAUGAAUCCUGAUAACACCACCUUUGGGAAAACUUAUCGUUUCGAUGGCGGUUUUGCGGAAAUUAUGAAAUCAAUGAUUACUGAUAUUAAUGAGGAUCCUAAAAAAGGAUUAAACGAACGCAAAAUUGAAAGACAUGAAUGUCCAUUUGAUAAAUUACAACGAUUUGGAAAGAAAAGUGAUAGUAAUUGGGAAGGAUUACGAGUAAAAAAACUUUUGCAAUGGAGUAAUUCAGAUCCAGUAACGAAAGUCAUUUGCCUUCAAGCCGAUUUUUAUAAUCGUUCACAACCUCCAAUUGGCAAAAUCAAAAAAUCUACCGAAAACCAAAACAACGAAAAUUUACCCUCAAACAUUGCUUUCGGAAAACCGACAAAUUAUAUUGAGAUUUCUGAAAUUUUAAAACCAUCACAUUCCAAUAGUCGAGAAAUAAAAAAAAUAUCAAAGGCUCUUCGAAAUAUAAACAAAAUUAGAAUGAUUUUGAAAAGACGCAGAGAAGUUUUCUUCACGAAAAUUGAUGAAGAAUUAAAAAAAUUUGAUAAAGAUGACACAAAAUCAGUGGAUAUUAAAUUGCUAUUUGAAGUGUUUAGACAAUUUCGAAUAUUUCCCGAGAAAGAAGUUUUUUGUAACUUAUUGGAAAUUUUAAAAUUUCUUCAUGAAGAUAAAGUUAAUUACCCUAAAGCUAUUAAUUUGUUUAAUUGGAAUUGCGAAUUUCCGGAAAUUCCAAAAACAGAAAUGACUCCUACAACAAGAUGGUUGCUGCGAUUGACAUGCUUUUUAACAAAUUCCCAAAACAUAAAAGCCUUACCUAAUCCAGUGAAUAUGAAUAGUGAACAUAAUACUAGUUAUAAGAUGCAGGCACCUUCUGUGUCUGCUCCAUCUCAAUAUCCAUAA